AUGGAAGCAGCGGAGGAAACUCUCACUUACCGAGAUGACACCGGACUUUACAGGAAGCUGCUCCCAGAGGACAACGGGCACGAAACGACGGACAGCAAGAAAGGCCACCCCGCAGAGACAAACAGCGACGUGUCCAACUAUGUGGAUCUGGACAUGAAACCGGACGGCGCAAAAACAGUGAAAGUGACUUUCACUGGCGAGGGAAACCAACUGUCUGUUGUGAAAUGCGAAAAAGCAAAGAAAGGGGAGCAUGACAAGGAGGUUAAAAUCAUUUCGGAGGACUUCUUUGAGUCAGAGGACAAGCGGGCCACCGAUCCAUGGCCUGUUUCGGGUGACCCUACUCUGGAAACUCUGACCAAACUUCCAGACACGGAUCCGGACUUUGAGAAUGAGAAGCAGUGCCGGACCGAGCCAGACCCGAGUGACUGCAGUGAAAGCGAGGAGCUCCAGUACACGGACAUGUAUCUGAACAGUAAGACCGAGUCUGAUGACGGUGCCAGCGCGACCGCUGGCUCCGACCACUGCGACUCCGACACCGUGGAGGACGAGUCCCACUAUAUCACGACGCACGAGAUCCAGCUUACCGAGCUCGACCACGAUGUAGACUACGACCUGGGCCGAGGGACCUGCUGGGAUUUCGAAGACAACAACCUGGUUUACUCUUUUGUGGAUUACGCGUCUUUUGAGAGCGACGACACGCAGGAGGGGACUCUGAUCCUGGAGGGCAGGAGCCAGCCGAAUGUGCAGUCUAAUCUCGGGGGAGCGGUUGUCAGCACGGAGCAGGACGAAAGUGAUCUCUGUGACUCGGAUAAAGGCGCCAGCUCAGAUGAAAGCGUGAGUAAAAACCAAAGUGGAGACACUAAUAAGGGGAAAAUCCAUUUAUCCAUUAAAACAUCCUCGAGGGCGGUGAAUGAGCCUGUGAACAUCUUUGACAAGAGCACCUGUGGGUACACAAAACACUUUGGAGACAGGAGCCAAUUCUCCUUCGUGAGCUCUGGCGCCAGUGCGGGGCCCCUGUGCGAUAGGGCACAAUAUUUCAUCCCUGCGCCGGGACGUCAGCACCUUGCAACCAAACUGAGACGGAAAGAUAUUAAUGAGUAUUCCAGCGGAGCGUCGAGCUCCAUCAGUGAGUUGGAUGACGCGGAUAAAGAGGUGCGUAAUCUAACCGCCAAGUCUUUCCGGAGCUUGGCAUGCCCAUACUUCGAUGCCAUUAAUCUUAGCACCUCUAGUGAGUCUUCGAUGUCGGAAUAUGGGCUAAAUAAAUGGUCAGCAUAUGUGGACUGGAACUAUGGAAACAUAACACGAGGAGGAGAGCGCGGCGUAAUGGCGCACAAGUCUUCACGCGCAACAUUGGAAAUGAAUAAGACUGUGGACAGUAAGAGGCAGGGUAAGUCUGUUGCCGGCAUAAAAGCUCCAAAAAACAAAAUGUGCACACUGAACAAGAGCACAUCCCAGCAAUCUUCCUCUUCCAGCAAAAACACUGAACUGACAGAUCAGGCAAAGCAGCGUGGGGUCACGCUGAACUUCCGCUGCAAUGUUGAAGCGCCUGAAGGUGCCAGACGUCCAAAAUGCUCGAAGCAUCCGCGACCCAAUGAGAUCACAGGGACUGUGUUGGCCGCAUCAGGGUGCGAAAUGCAUUAUCACCAAACAGAUAAUACAGGGGACCCUCACAAAAGGGCAGUUUUUGCUUCAAGCCUGCUAAAAAACGUGAUUUCUAAAAAGAUGCAGUUUGAGCAGGAGCGCAAAAUGGAGAGGGGAGAAAUCCGUGACACAUACCCUGCACUCUCACCAAAUUCUCAAUUCAAAGAUCAGAAUGUGUUCAAAGACAGACAGCGAGGAAGACAUGCUUCAGAGUCAGGCUCAGGAUUUAACUCUGAUGAUCAGCGCCAGGAGGGCAGCAGACCUCCUUCCUGUGAUCCAGCAGAGGAGCAGAGGAGCAACAAAGCACCAGAUGAGUUAGAAAACACAGCUCCAAAAUCCACCCUCAGCCAAAGUCAAACUAGUGCGUUUAAUAAAUUGAAAGAAUGUGAGACAGAAGUUGCAAAAUAUUCUGAAUCCACGCCUGAUGACCCACAGACCAGAGCAAAAGAAACUUUAGACACCAACAGCAUGUUGACAAAACUGCUUUUUGUUCCAAGCUACCAGCUCCACUCCAAAAAGAAAGAUUCGACAGAGGACCUUCCAGGCGGUGCGUCUGUCACAGGUGCUCCUGCUGGCCAGAAAUAUGAACAAGGAGAAACUGAAAAGGGGGGGAAAAGCCCCGAGAUAAAAAUAUGCCUGAGAAGUGUGAAAGAAAAUAAAGGCUGCACACUAAAUAUCGCUAACCUUCUAACCCCAAAAAUAACUUACAACGCUGUAAACACAUUCAGGGCUGCAGGUGAUGCCAAAUGCCACAUUUGGUCUGCUUCAGAUAAAAUUCCAAACUUCUCGGUGAGAGACAUAAGAGACACAAAAUGCAAGUUUCAAACACCGAUCUAUCAAGUCAGAGAUGUGCGCAAACUGGUCAAAAGUUCAUAUCGCGUUGUUUCUUUGGAUAACACUGAGAAUAAAAGCUCAGCAGCAGCUGAUAAAAUCGAGGCCACAAAGGUGCCGGUUAAGCUUUCAUUACCAUCUCCCAUUGUGAUUAAAUGUCACUCUGUUAAAACAAAUGUUAAACAACAGGCAGCCGAGGUGUCACACAAACAGACAGAGGCAGGCGUCACAUCGGAAACACCUCAAGUGGAAAACACACAAAGCAGGGUGCCACCUGUUGCAGCUAAGCAGCUACACCCUGACCAAUCAGACGGCCAGAUCAAUAUUGAAACCAAGUUGUCGAAGCAGAGGCAGGAAAAGUUUGCAGGUGAGUCUAAAAUACCCAAACAGGCUGCUCUAGAGAAGCUCAAAGCUGCGGUCAAAACAAUGGAGCAGCUUUAUGUUUUUGAUAGAAAUGAAUGGAAGCGCAAAAAUCAGGCUCCGCCGCAAAUCGCAGGCAGCCAUGUGUUGUCACUUAUUGCCAGAGAGGAGCAUGGAGCAGAGGAGCUGGAAGCAACAAAUCCGUCUCUGACGCAUACCACAGACGCAGACAAAUCCCAGAAGGAUAAAGGAGCUCAGGAUAUCAUACAUGUUCCCUACAGUGAUGAGGCGUUUAAAACACAAUCACAGCAUAGUCAGACAUACAGUAAUAAAAGUGUCCUUCAUUUUGGCAACAAGGCACGCGUUUGCAUCACUUCAGUUAAUAACUCCGUUCCACAAAGUUCUGAGCUGCAGACUUGCUCCUCCAUGAAAAGCUCGAAGACACCAGCGGCUCCGCUCUCAGUGAAAAUAGAGCCGCCAAAACUCGGCCAGGUGGAAAAGGGAAAGGUCAGAAUCAUUCCCGCUAAGCCGGCUGUGACACAGGCCUGUGCCGACUCUGAAAACUAUCUAACCAUCCCGGGGCUCAGCUAUACGAAUGAACUCAAACUGCAGAAUCCAGAGCCCGUUUCAAGAGGGGAGAGUUCAAAUGUCAACCACGUCACCAGCAAAACACCUCCGAUUAUCAUGGAGUACCCCGCUUCGAGUAUCUACCAUCAUGGGAGGGCCCAAGCAGGGCCUCCAGCGGCACAGCAGGUGUUGUGUAUCUCUCCCUCCAUCCCCACUGUGUCACCUACACCUUCUGCCGGACAGACAGCCUCACAAACACAGCGCAAGAUGCUUCUGGACCCCACCACAGGACAUUAUUACCUGGUGGACACCCCCAUUCAGACCACCACCAAGAGGCUGUUCGAUCCCGAGACAGGCCAGUAUUUGGAUGUACCCAUGCCCCAUUCUCCUGUGUCACCCAUCACUCCUGUCACCCCUGUCACCCCCGUGCCCCUCUCUGUUUCCCCUCUUGCUCUGAGCCCAGGAGCAUACGGCCCCACCUACAUGAUCUACCCCGGCUUCAUCCCCUCGCCCACUCUUCCGGCCCAGGCCGUGUUGGCACAGUCCCCCUGUCUCUCUGAGGAUGCAGCUCUAGAGAAGUUGAACAGCGCAAGAAGCCCCAGGCUGGAAGCUAAUGCGCCAGGCCCAGAGAGCGCAUAUUACAGUGCAACAGGUGACGCUCCAUUAACACUGCCUGUGAGCUUGGGACAUGUGACCACCACUGGAAGUGCAGUAAGCUCUGACAGGAAACCAGUUAUCAGCAUCACCACGCAACAAGGUCCAAGAAUCAUCGCCCCACCCUCCUUUGAUGGAACAACAAUGAGCUUUGUAGUGGAGCAUCGGUGACCAAGAAAAAAAAAAUCU